ACGAGUCAUUUGUAUUUUGCUUAUAAGUUGGGAAAAAAAAAUCGCACGUGCGGAUUGAGGAGUUCAAUGUAGAACUCCCGCACGUACUAUAUCCUUCCAUUCUCUUUCUUGCAAAUUAGGCGGUUCCCCAUUUCGAUCAAUUAUCAGACCAAUUAAGGUUUCGAUCCUCCCAAAUUUGCCUCAAUUUCCCCUCCUUUUCAAGAAAAUGCAGGGAGGCAGAGGUGGAAGGGAUCCUUUCUUUGAUUUUGGUGAACCCUUUGGUGGUUUUGGGGGCUUUGGUGGUCCUAGAAGUUUAAUCUCCAAUUUCUUUGGAGGAAGGGACCCUUUUGAUGACCCUUUCUUCACACGCCCUUUUGGAAGCAUGUUUGAAUCAAGCUUCUUUGGCCCCGGCCAAAGUCCUUUUCCGGAUAUGCAUCCAACUGGGUUUAUUGAGCAUCAAGCCCCUGAGCCAAAGAGACCAAGGGGCCCGAUUAUCCAAGAACUAAACUCUGAUGAUGAAAAAGAAGAAACUGAUAAAGAGACGAAAGAAAAUCCUAAGAAGCAUGGUAGGUCGAAUGAUGAACCUUAUGUUGAGGUUCCUGAUGAUGAAGCUGGACAGCCUGAGAGAAGGAACAGGCAUUUGCAGUAUAUGAAUGGUUUCAAUAGUUCAUAUCAUAGACAACAGCAACAGCCUCAAACUCGCAGCUUUACGUUUCAAAGCUCCACUGUCACUUAUGGUGGUGCUAAUGGAGCUUACUAUACUUCAUCCAAAACAAGGAGGACUGGAAGUGAUGGAGUUGCCUUUGAAGAAACCAAAGAAGCUGACACAGCCAGAGGUCAAGCAAGCCACCGGGUUUCUAGGGGGCUUCAUGACAAGGGUCAUUCGGUCAUGAGAAAACUGAAUUCUGAUGGUGGGGUGGAUACGAUGCAAACCUUGCACAAUUUGAAUGAAGAUGAGCUUGCUGGUUUUGAAGAAGCUUGGAAUGGAAAUGCCAGAAAAUAUUUGCCUGGCUGGUCUGGGAAUUUUAAUGGCCAUGAUAGCAUAGGGACUGGCCGCAGUGUACAGAAUGGGCAGGCUGGUCGAGGAGGAUGGGCACUUCCUUCUACUGAGCGUUCUCAGCAGUCAGGGAGAGUGAUGCAGGAUUUCAUAGACAGGGCAGGGCCCUCACGCAGCCAGCGCUCCACGAGGAUGAAGGAUUCGACCGAUGUUAAAGAUAAGAGUACUCAAUCACAAGGGAAGCGAAGGAACUAAGUUGGAAGGCACCCAACAGAUCUUGUGAUGAAGAGGGCGUUGCGAUGCCGUUUCUCAUACAGCAAUCUAUGGUUGGCCAUAGCCAUCUUAUCAAGUUUAGAGCCUUUGUUUUCUCUUUAGUUGCAUAUUUUAUCACGUGUCUGUUGUGGCAGACCAGAGAGGUCUAGACAAUUGCUGCAAAUAAUGCACUUGCCAGUUCUACGAGUUUUCAGUAUAUAAAACUUGCAAUUUGAGAUGGUUGUCCAUUCAUGGUUUUUGAUGAA